AUUCGGCCUCACGAUUCUGUUUCGAUCACCGCCAGAAGAGCACCCAGCAACCAAGAAUAGAUCGUUUGGCCUGUCUUUUCUCUUGUCCUCGAGUCUCCCAAGAUCCAUCCAGCUCAUAUUCAGAGCCUGUGAACCAUGUGUAAACACAUCCUCAACGCGCAAGUAGCGAUCCGCUCCCCUUGCUGCAAGAAAUGGUUCGACUGCGCAGAAUGUCACCAAGAGACCGAACGACACCCUCUUGCCAAAGCCAGUGAGAUGGUCUUCGCCUGCAAAAAAUGCAAAAAAUGCUUCCGCAAAGACACCGCCGAAUUCGACGAGAGUGACGAAUACUGCCCCCAUUGCGAUAACCACUUCGUGAUCGAGGCCGUGACGCCGACGCCGACGCUCCAAAUAGAAGGCGAGGAUGCGCGAGUGGAUUCGAGAAUGCUGAAGGAUGAUCGGGUGCGUGGACAUCAGGAGAAAUCGAUCUUUAAUUUCAAGGAUAUUUCGGAUCGGUUGGGUUAGGCUUAUUUAAAUGUCCUUCCUCCGGAGGGGGAGGACUUAACGAAGAUUUACGAUAUCAUGUUUGGAUUUUGCCUUUCCUUAAAAUCCGGUGUUGGUUGUUGGGUGUGUGUACCAUCCUUAUUUCCCUUCUUCAUGUUCAUACCUAUACCGGAAUCAGAAGAUCUUAGAAUAGAAAACACAAGAGAAAAAUCUACACAGUUC